AUGCCUUCCCUCCCUUCCCUCACCAGCACAGACAAACCCUCCACCAGCGACACCUCCAUUGACAAAGAGUCCGUGACCAAGAACGUCUCCUCAGCGAUGGACGAUGCGAAUGAAAAGAGCGGAAGCUCUGCUGCAGCGGAGACUAAGGCUGGUGUUACGCAAACUGCGUCAGAGGUAGAGAAGGCGGCGAACAAGCUGUACGAGGAGAAUAUUGAGGAUGAAUACGCUAAGAGGGAAGGUGGAGCUUGA